AUGUACCGCCUCCGCCGCCUCCGUGCUCCGACACCACCUGUCCCUACUUCAUUCUCAUACCAUCUCCACACGGUCCUUACACACCCUCCAACCCCAAUAUCACCGUGCCUCUCCGACCCAAACUUGCGAUCACAAGUCUCAUCGCUAAUCAACGUCCAACACUGGUCCAAACUCAAACCACUCAUCCAACCAGCCAACCCAACCCAGUUUCUCCACCAACUCUUUCAGUUCAACUUCCCCUCGGAUAUCAUUCUCGCGUUUUUCCAAUGGUCCCAACACGCUUUUGAGGUAACCCACUCUCUGGAAGACUACGUCAAACUCUUCGUUCUGUUAGCAAAUGACAAAAAGUACCCCAAGAUCCGAUCUUUACUUCAUAAACUCUUGAAACGCGCUAAUAUCGUUUCAAAUUCUGCAUUUUUUAGUACCCUUUUAAAUUUUAGCGACAAUUCAUGUGCUAAUAGUAUUAUUGUGGAUAUGUUGAUAAUGACUUAUGCCAAUAAUGGAAUGUGCAAUAAGGCGUUGGAGGCGUUUAAGAGGGCGGGGGAUUAUGGGUUUAAGUUAUCUGUAUAUUCGUGCAAUUUAAUGUUGGACUCGUUGGUGGAGGAGGGUAGAGUUGCAAGCUUGGAACUUGUGUAUAAGGUGAUGAUUAGGAGGAGGAUUGAGUUUAACUUGUUCACUUUUAACAUUGUGAUAAAUGGGUUGUGUAAGGCAGGGAGAUUAAAUAAAGCUGGCGAUGUGGUAGAGGAUAUGAAGGUCCGUGGGGUGAUGCCAAAUGUGGUGACCUAUAAUACAUUAAUUGACGGGUACUGUAAGAGAGGUGGGCUGGGGAAGAUGUACAAAGCCGAUGCCUUAUUGAAGGAAAUGGUGGAGAGGAGGGUGUCCCCAAAUGAGAUCACUUAUAAUACCCUCAUUGAUGGGUUCUGUAAAGAUGAUAAUUUGGUGGCAGGAGUGAGGGUGUUCAAGGAAAUGAAGCAGCAAGGGCUGAGGCCGGGCGUGAUUACAUAUAAUUCAUUGAUUAAUGGGUUCUGUGAUGAUGGCAAAGUUGAUGAAGCACGUGGUUUAAGGGAUGAGAUGAUGGGUUUCGGUUUGGAGCCAAACAUUGUUACUUAUAAUGCAAUUAUGAAUGGGUUUUCAAAGAAGAGAAUGCUGAAGGAAACUAGAGAGUUAUUUGAUGAUAUAGUGAAAAAAGGAGUGGCUGUCAAUGUGUUAACAUUUAACAGUUUGAUCAAUGCCUAUUGUAAAGCAGGACAAAUGGAAGAAGCAAUGGCCAUACGAGAUUUGAUGUCGGAGAGGAUGGUUAUUCCAAAUGUUUCAACAUACAAUUGUUUGAUUGGUGGUUAUUAUCACAAUGGAAACAAAGAAAUGGCAAAUAAGCUUUUAGAUGAAAUGGAGGAGAAGAGCAUAAAAGCUGAUGUAGUGACCUAUAACAUACGGAUUGAUGCAAUAUGCAAGAAUGCUGAAACUAGAAAGGCAGUUAGACUUCUUGAUGAAAUGUCUGAGAAGGGGUUGACUCCGAGUCAUUUGACAUAUAAUGCUCUGAUGGCUGGUUAUUGCGGGGAAGGAAACCCAAAUGCAGCUUUGACGGUGAGGAGAAGAAUGGAGAAAGAAGGAAAAUCACCAAACAUUGUGACAUAUAACGUGUUGAUUAAAGGAUUGUGUGAGAAAGGCAAGCUGGAAGAAGCAAACGGAUUCCUUAACGAGAUGUUAGAAAAAGGAUUGAUACCUAACCGGAUAACCUACGACAUCAUUAAGGAGGAAAUGAUGGAAAAGGGAUUUGUUCCUAACAUAGAUGGGCAUCUCUACAAUGACAGACUAGGAUUACAGGCCAAAGUCGUGAAGAUCAAGCUGGUGAAUUCACCUAUUCAAGGUGGGGCUUCUCUUUUAUAUCAAUGGAGGAGCUCGAUUCACCAUCAGACAAGAAAAGGUUCCUGUAGCCCUACACUUAUCAUCAGGUGCGAUGGUUGGAGGCAGUGUAUCGAAACUGAAGAUGUUUCUCGUGCAAUUCAAUCCUGCAUUUUGCGCCGCUUAAAGAAGGGAAAUUCUUGUAUAGAGGCUAGAUUAUCACCAAUUGAGAAGAGUUCCUCAUUCUCCUUGAAGACUGUAAAAGGUAUCAUUUCUGGUUGUGGAUAG